AUGGCGAAUCUGACUUCUGAGAUCUUGGAUUCUGGUUUGAAGGUUGUUAAAGAGCAAAUUGACAGUGCGCGGGCAAUGAGUUCAGUAGCCCACUCUUCACUUCCAACUCUUUUAGUCAAAUUAGGGGAAAAGAACUAUAGUUACUGGAGAUCUCAGACUCUACCUGCACUUGCCUCUUACGAGCUCGAUGGCUUUGUAACAGGUGUGAAUCCAUGUCUUCCUAUGUUUAUAGUUGAGAAAAUGGUUGAUUAUGAACAAACUGUUAAGAAACCUAAUCCAAAAUACUUUGAUUGGAAGAAAACUGAUCAAUUUUUACUGAGCUGGUUAGUGUCCUCUAUUUCCGAAUCCAUGUUUAGACAUGUAGCCAAGUGUAUAAGUGCGUAUGAGAUUUGGAACACAUUAGAGUUGUAUUUUCAGUCAUUCUCUAAGGCUAGGACUCUACACUUACGGAAUUUGUUGCAAAGUACCAAAAAGGAGUCCAUGAGUGUUAAUGAAUACAUUUUGAGGAUGAAAGAAAUAGGUGAUGAGUUGGUAGCAAGUGGAGUUCAAAUUGGAGAAAAAGAGUUACUGUUAUAUAUUCUGGAUGGUUUGGGUCCAGAAUAUGAUGCCAUGGUAGCAAACCUUAUUGCUAACAGUAGUAGUACCACUAUUCAAGAAGCACAACUACUGUUACAUAAACAUGAGAUGCGCAUUGAAAAACAAAAUAGUGUAAUGACCAACUUUCAUGAGCAAAUGACCUCUGCUUUACUAGUUGCUAAGCAAGUUUCGAUUGAUCCAAAUAAUGUGUCACCAGUUCAGAAUUUUAAUAGCACUUCACCAGUUCAGAAGCUUGGUCCUAGGGGAGGCAUUUUUCAGAAUCCUGGGUCUAGCUCUUUAGUUCAACCGAAUAUGACAUAUACACAUCAUGAAGGGUAUACUCAACAGCCUCCUAAUCUGGCCAUGUACACUGCUGUAUCACCUCACCUUACUACUGCCCAAUAUCUUCCUACUAGUGGUUUUCAGUUUAAUAACAAUGGAAUGAGAGGCAGAGGUCGUGGCAGAGGCUAUUUUAGGCCUAGACUAGUUUGUCAAGUGGGUGGCAAACCUAGUCAUUCAACUCUGCAAUGUUACCAUCGGUUUGACUAUGAUUAUCAUGGGUUUCAACCUCACAACCCUUCUUCAAUCCAACCAGCUAACUCACCCAUACCUCCUCCUAUUACCAAUACCCAGCAAUACUCUGGAAGUUCUCAUGAUUCUGCUGCUCAAGUUCAAGUUCUUUAUGCAGCAAAUUUCCUACAACCAAAAAAUGCUGUCAGCUCCUAUGAUGUUUUUCAUGAUUUCUCAGCUACUGGUGGUACUAGAGGUUCUUCACCAAGUCCCACUACACCCGGAUAUCAUUCACAAGUACCUGAAUUUCAGUCUUUUCCUCAGUCUGGUCCUAUGACUUCUACCAACAACUCAACCAUGGGGCAACUGUCUGCUACACCUGUGCUGCCAAUUUCAAAUUCACAAGCUAUUGCCACGCCACAAACAGUUGCUGAUAAAUCCUGGUACAUGGAUUCUGGGGCAUCAAACCAUAUGAUUGCAGAUGUCUCUAAUCUGAUGUUGAAGUCACCUUAUCAAAGAGGAUCUCAAGUCUAG